ACCCCUCUCUCUCUCUCUCGGUGUCAUCCAGCUUCUCCAAGCCCAGCUCGCCAGAGGCUGUCAGGUUAGCGCGGCAAUCAUGGCGGCGGCUCCGUUAGCCCACUUCGACGAGGACUGGCAGGACUUUAACGAAUUCAAGCCGUCGCAGGAGUCGUCCGCCGCCGAGCUGGACCAGCUCAAUUCCAACAUCGCCGCGGGGCCGCCGACGGGCUUGGACGACUUCUCCGACCUGGACAACAGUUUCUCGGGGGAGAUCUGCAGCUUCAAGUCCAUGGAAGACCUCGUCCACGACUUUGACGAAAAGCUGACCGUGUGCUUCCGAAACUACAACACCGCAACGGAGCACAUAGCGCCCAUUAAACCCAUCACAGAGGAUAAUUACCUGAAAGACGACGAGGUAUGGAACACGCUGACUGACAACUACGGCAAUGUGAUGCCCGUCGACUGGAAGACGUCGCACACCCGCUCCCUCCACUUGCCCGCCCUCAACCUCAACGAGAAUGAGAAGUUGGACAACCAGUCUUUGGAUUUGUCGGACGACGAGGAGCUGAGAGAGCAGAUGGACAUGCAUUCCAUCAUCGUCUCGUGCAUCAGCGACGAGCCCCUCUUCACUGCAGAGCAGGUGAUCGAGGAGAUAGAGGAGAUGAUGCAAGAAUCUCCGGACCCCGACGAUGAUGAGAGCCCCUCCCAGUCAGACCUGUCCAUGCUCUCCGCGGACCUCCACGGUCUGAGGCGCUCCGGCUCCGACACAAGCUACGAGGACCGUCUGCGCCAGCUGUCUGUGUCGGAGCUGACCGAGACUCUGGAGGAGGUGGAGACGGCGAUUCGCAGCUACAGCGAAGAGCUCAUCCAGGCUCUGGCCCUGCGAGACGAGCUGGAAUACGAGAAGGAGGUGAAGAACAGCUUCAUCUCGCUGCUCAUCGACGUGCAGAACAGACAGAAGGAGCACCGCGAGCUGCUGCGCAAGAAGAAGAAAAUCCGCAGCAUGACCUCCACCGUGGGAGCCAAUGGCCAGAGGACCACCGGCACCAAUGUGCCCGGCACGCUCCUCACUCUGGAGGGACUCUCCAAUGUCAUUCAGAAUGGCCUCCGUCAAACUUUUGGUCCCACAGGAGGGGACAAACAGUACCUGACCACUGUCAUCCCCUAUGAGAAGAAAAUGGGCUCCCCCUCAGUGGAAGACCUCCAGAUCCUAACAAAGAUCCUCCAUGCCAUGAGGGACGACAGUGAGAAGGUCCCGGCCCUCCUCACAGACUACAUUCUCAAAGCUCUGAUAUGAGAGCGGAGGUUGCUGAGGCCUGUUCUUUGUCCCACGUAAAUCCCCGACGGGAACCCCGGGGGCGAUAUCAGGCUGGAUCUUGGAUAACUUUUUAACGUAGAGUUUCUUACCUGAUGACAUUUUUACCUGGACGACACCCUCCUUGGAUUUUAACCGAUUUUGACUGCUCCAUGGACGCCGCUAACCAGUAUUAUUGGGCUUUGCUCCUCAUGUGACUCCCAAUUUUAUUUCCAAGCGAAGGAAAUGGUGUCAUUGUCCUGAAGAAGGGAAAGGAAGGCUUGCGGAAAAUCCGAGUGACAACAUCUCAACGUCAGCAUUCGCAUCCUCGGACUACGCAAGCUAGCAGCCGAAUGUUGACAUGAGAUUAUUUUUGUAACUUGCACAAAGAAAAGGGAAAGGACUUUGGGGAAAUUAGCCGCACGAACAAGAACACUGACCUCACACCCAUCAUUGUUUUAGCUAGCUAGCUAGCCUGCUUGCUAGGCAUGACAGUGGCUACGUAGCAUUUGUUAAAUGUUUUAGUAAUUCACUUUUCCCGACUUGUUUGUUUCAUCUUGAUGCAUCUUAAGGUAGUCUUUUAAGUCAUCUGAUCAUGUAGUCGUGGACGUGUAUUUCUUAGCGCCUCGCUUAGAUUAGAUCUUGCUAGCAUUUGGUGCAUUUUUAUCAUCAUUGAAGACGACCAUCUUAGUAAGAACAGCACUCCGCUCAUUUUAAGCUAACACAUCAACGCUGUCUGAGCUGGCCACCUACAGGGCAGCUUUUGGUUUUGAUUUUAAAGUAACCGUCGACCCAAAUGUAAACGCCGCUUAUCGAGCUAGCAUUUCAACACAAACUAAAGCCAGAUCAGUUGCAUGCUCAGGUACGACGUCAGCGCUUUAACGUAGCAUUACCGUCAAGGGCGUGGAGCUUAAAUGCGGAAUGUUGUGUUUUGUUCCAAGGAACCGAAAGGGUGCGCUUUUAAACUGUUUUUACACAGGACGACAAAAAGGCGUGUUAUUGCCACAUGAACUGUGACGUGCUGCCUGCACUUUACCAUCCUUUCAUCCUCAAAUGGAUUCUCACCACAGGAACUAUUCCAGUUUUAUUCCAUGGCUGACGUGCUUAAAAAAACACACCAAUUUUGUGUAAUAGACGAUCAUUAAUAAUAAUCAUAACCGACGUGGAAACAGGAUGUAGAAAUGUACUUUCCUACCCCUCAUUACUUAAAUGUAUAUUUCUAAAGCUAACGCUGACUGACUGUCAAAUGUUGCAUAUGAACUCCUUUUCCUAGAAUUCCCCCUUGUUUGGAAUGUUUCUGUUUACACUCUGGUGUGGUACUGCAGUUUAUUCGUGUAUUGUCUUGAUGCUUUGCUUUAGUUGCUGACCAUUCUGUCCUCUGACGCUCGCUAAGUGUUUGCACCUCAUUUCCAAUAAACCGAUACCUGAAAUACUC